CAUGGCCUUAGAUAAAAUAUUAAAUCUAACAAUAUUUGAUUACUUAAUGCCUUUGUAGUUUUGUACUGCUACGUCAAUUUGUUCAAGUUAAUUGCUUUGACUCCUUUUGUUCGACUUAUUUGUUAAUUCUUAAUUAUUGACAGAGAAAAUUUUCAUUAAAGACCGGUAAAAAAUGAUGGCCCUAAUUACUCGGAUACUUGACUGGAUUAAAAGUAAAUUUUGGACUGAAGAAAUGGAGCUAACCCUUGUUGGUUUACAAUGUUCUGGGAAAACUACAUUUGUGCACGUUAUUGCUGUAAGUAAAUACGAAUUUCAUUAAACUGUAUAAUUUUUUUUUAUAUAACUAAUAUAAAUUUGUUUUUGUAUUAUUUAUAUUUUAAAAAUAUUUUUUUCUAGAUACCUAGUUAUUUUAGUAAUUAUUAAUUUCUAAUUUAUAAAAGAUUCAGUUAAAUAUGUAAAAAUGGUCUUGUUUUUUUUUCAUUUAAAUACAUUGAUUAUUAAAUUAAUGUAAUAAGGGAAGUUUCAAUGUAUACAAAUGUAUAUAUAUAAUAAAUAAAUAAUAAUUGAAUAUAAGACGUUUACUUAGUAAUAUAAUACAUUAUUUUAAAUUAUCUUAUUUAUUAGGUAAUCAAAACUUUAAAAUUGUUAAGGACAAUAUGUCAAGUUAUAUAAUAUUGUUAUAGUAUGGUAGAUACUCAUAAUAAUAGACUAACCUAUGCAUAAAAAAUGUGUGCUUGCAAUGAAAUGUCUAAUAAUUUAAUAAGACGUUGUGCCUUUUGAGAAUUUUCUACACCCAAUGACAAGGUUUUGUCAUCUAUACAAUAUUUAAUUUUAUUGCAUUCUUGUCAUUUUAUGACAAAUUACUAAUGAUGAUUAUUAUUGAUAUGUUUCUUAUAAAGUUAUAUUAAAAUAUUUAAUUUAUAUAAUAAGCCUCUUUUUAAUAAUUCUAAACUAUCAGUUUCUAUAUUUUCUCAACUUUAGGAAAUAGAAUCUAAAGUAUAUUAAUUUAGUUACUGUAUAAUAUAUGGUGAGUCUUUGUAUUAGGUAUAAUAAAUGUGUUAAAUAUAUACUCAAAUUUGUAUAAUGGUAUAUAUGUAUAUAUAGAUGAAAAAUGCAAACUUCCUAUAUAAAAACAUUUAAUCAUACUAAAAAUACAUGAAUUAUCUUUUAAUUUUUAAUUUUAUCAUAAAAUAAUUAAAAGAGAUAUUUGUUGACAUAAACUAAUAAACAAAUUUCAGUUUAAUUUUUUUUUCGUUAUUUUGCAGGCCGUUUUCUAGCUAAUAAAAUAUAAUAGAAACUAGACGUUAAUUAUCAGCUUGUAUUUAGCAUCAGUAUUUUUGGCAUGGCCUUAUGCGGUAGAAAUAAAUUAAACCACUGUAGUUACAGAAUUUUUCAUACAGUUCAAGUAAAUUAUCUCUCAUUAAAAUUAGAUAUUUGUACCUAACUAUUUAAUAUUUAAAUUAAUAAUAAUAGGUAAUAUUAAAUAUUUCUAUUUUGUAUUUAUACCUAUUAGUUCUAUGGUUUUAAGAUAAUUAACAAAUAAAGCAGUUAAAAAUAUUUUAAAACCAAUAUUAUAAUUAUUUAUUAUUUUGAAUAGUAAUAAUUUUUCCUAUCUGUGCCUACAAAUUUUGCAACUUUAUUUUUUUUAUGCUUAUCGAUUAUAUAGUUAUAUUCUGAAUCAUACAUUUUAAGUAACUAUUAUAUAAAUUUAUGAACACUGAGUCAUAGAAAUUCAGUAAAUAAAUCAAGCAAACAGUUUAGGUUAAAUUAAUUAAUUAAAUUUUAAUUGUUUUGUAGUAUAACCUUCAUUUGUAAAUGAGAUAUAAAAUGACUUUUACUUUUCUAACAAUAAAUUAUUUUAAAAUGUACAUUUAAUUUAAUUUUAAUUUUAGUCUGGUCAAUUCAGUCAAGAUAUGAUACCUACAGUAGGUUUUAAUAUGCGUAAAGUGACUAAAAACAAUGUCACCAUUAAAAUAUGGGAUAUCGGUGGUCAACCACGUUUCAGAUCUAUGUGGGAGAGGUAUUGUAGAGGAGUCAAUGCUAUUGUGUAAGUAUAAAUAAAAUAUGUUUUAAGUUCAAAUCAAAAAUUAAUUAAUUUUUAAUAAUUACAGUUAUAUGGUAGAUGCAGCAGAUAACGAUAAAAUAGAAGCUUCACGAAAUGAGCUUCAUAGUUUGAUAGAUAAACCACAAUUAGCUGGUAUACCAGUUUUAGUUUUGGGUAACAAAAGGGAUUUGCCAAAUGCUCUAGAUGAAGUCGAACUGAUUGAAAGAAUGUUAGUAGAACUUUUCAUUUCUCCUUUGUAUGCCUACUAUUAUAUUUUGUAUUUUUACUUAUUUAAUUUAUUUAGGAACUUAAAUGCAAUUCAAGAUCGAGAAAUUUGUUGCUACUCAAUAUCUUGCAAAGAACAAGAAAAUAUUGAUAUUACUUUGCAAUGGUUAAUUAGCCAUUCAAAAUCUAAUCGCCAGUCAUCAACGUAAAAUUACCUGGGCAAAAUGUCAUAUACAAUAUAUUAUUCAGUACAAUAUUUAUGCUGAAAAUAUUGAAUCUUUUUUAGAUUUAAUUUCUUUUUUGUUAAGGCUGAUCCACCUUUAUAAUUUUUUUUAACCAAACUAAGAAUAAAUAUUGCCAUUAUUAUCAUUGCACUUUUAAUUACAAUGCAGCAACAAAUACAUUAGUUCUAAACUAUUAUAGUAAGUAACUAUAUUUUUGAAUCGAUACUCAGUGUGAUAAUAUGUCACAUUUGUAUGUUGAAUUAUAUUGGUUACUUUAUUUUCUGUCUUUAAAAAUUGUUGUAUAAUAAUUAAUAGUGGUAUACAACAAAUUUAAAAACAAUUUUAUUUAAGUUUUUUUAUUAUUAAACAUUGAUAUAUUUAUAUUAUAAUUGUAUUAUCUAAUUAAUAUUUAUCCAUAACACCAUAUAAUAUAUAUAUAUAUAUAUAUAUAUAUAUUAAUGUGAAGUAUUUAGCUUCAAAGAAUAUUAAUAUAAAAAUUAUUUUAUAUCUGUGACUAACUAUUGUUACAUACAUUUAUUAUUUUCUGUAAAUAUAUAUAGACAUUUAGACAUUAAACAUUUAAACCUAUUAUUGUAACAUAGUAUUACAAUGCCUAAUUUAAAUGAAAAUUAUUCUUACUAUUCUUUUCCAAUAUAGUAUUCAAAAAAAAAAUAUUCAACCUGAAUUAUUAUUUUGUGUCUGUAUCUAUAGUAUUUAUUUGAUCUUUAACAUUGUUAAUAUUAAGUACACUUAUAAUUUGAUUAUAUGUCAUAUUACAGAAAAAUAAUAAUCACAAAUCGUAAUAGUACGAAUCGUUAAGUAAUGUAAUUUAAUAAGUCUUGACAAAUAAUAUGACAAACAUUCAUACCUCUAAGUCUCUGUGCCAUAAAGCUCUUAGCUUGUCAUAAAUGACAGAAAGUAAUACACCUAUCCGUGAGUGUCGGCGGGAAAUUUAUCAUAUUGUAUCUAUUGGGUAU